UUCCCAUCGCUCAUCCCCCUCAACCCCGGCUGUUAGUGCUGUGUGAGUGCGUGUGUGCUCUUGAGCCCGCUCGGCACACAUUCUAUAAAAAAAUAAAAAUACAAAAAAAACUUAAAACACCAAAAACGCUUAAAAAAUCUUAAUUUCUUUUCUUUUUGUAACUACUUCAGUGAAGCUGGACUUCGUCCCUCCUCGAAGACUGGAAGACACAAGACUACGGCAUUUCAAUCGACGUUUGAUGCUAGUGAAACAGGCCAAGUAGAUAUUUUAUCAUUACCCGUGGUUCAAUUCGACUUAGAAAGUUUUAAAUUCCCGACCAACCGUAACAAGGUCCGUUUUAAAACUCACAUUUACUAAACCGCAUAUUUUAUUAGAACGCCGCAGUUGUCAAGUCGACGGUAGCCAGGCGUCCCGUUCCUUCCAUUAACGUUUCUAAAAUCGUCGUAGUUACUCAAACGUCCGUAUUUUCGGGUGGCGUUCGUGUCUCCUAACGUUACCACCGGCGCCAACAUGAACCCCAGUGCUCCCAGUUACCCCAUGGCCUCUCUCUACGUCGGGGAUCUGCAUCAAGAUGUGACGGAGGCCAUGCUGUACGAGAAAUUCAGCCCGGCCGGGGCUAUCCUUUCCAUCCGCGUCUGUAGGGACAUGAUCACACGGCGGUCUCUCGGAUACGCCUAUGUCAACUUCCAGCAGCCGGCCGACGCCGAGCGUGCGCUGGACACCAUGAACUUCGACGUGAUCAAAGGGAGGCCGGUGCGCAUCAUGUGGUCACAGCGGGACCCCUCGCUGAGGAAGAGCGGCGUCGGCAACAUCUUCAUCAAGAACCUGGACAAGUCCAUCGACAACAAGGCCCUGUACGACACCUUCUCCGCAUUCGGAAACAUCCUCUCCUGCAAGGUGGUUUGUGACGAGAAUGGCUCAAAGGGCUACGGGUUUGUGCACUUUGAGACUCAGGAGGCGGCCGAACGAGCCAUUGAGAAAAUGAAUGGCAUGUUGCUCAAUGACCGCAAAGUGUUUGUCGGCCGCUUCAAAUCGCGCAAAGAGCGCGAGCAGGAGCUGGGCGCGCGGGCCAGGGAGUUCACCAACGUCUAUAUCAAGAACUUUGGCGAAGACAUGGACGAUGAGAAGCUCCGGGAGUUCUUCGGCAGAUACGGCACUGCCAUGAGCAUCCGUGUCAUGACGGACAACAGCGGAAAGUCGCGGGGCUUCGGUUUUGUCAGCUUUGAGCACCAUGAGGACGCCCAGAAGGCAGUGGAUGAGAUGAACGGAAAGGAGCUGAACGGCAAGCUGAUCUACGUUGGCCGCGCUCAGAAGAAGGUUGAGAGGCAGACGGAACUGAAACGCAAAUUUGAGCAAAUGAAACAGGACCGCAUGACUCGCUACCAGGGCGUCAACCUGUACGUGAAGAACCUGGAUGACGGGCUGGACGACGAGCGCCUCCGCAAGGAGUUCUCCCCGUUCGGCACCAUCACCAGCGCCAAGGUGAUGACGGAGGGCGGCCGCAGCAAGGGCUUCGGCUUCGUGUGCUUCUCCUCGCCGGAGGAGGCCACCAAGGCGGUGACGGAGAUGAACGGCCGCAUCGUGGCCACCAAGCCCCUCUACGUGGCGCUGGCCCAGCGCAAGGAGGAGCGGCAGGCGCACCUCACCAACCAGUACAUGCAGCGCAUGGCCAGCGUGCGCGCCGUGCCCAACCCCGUCAUCAACCCCUACCAGGCCGCGCCGCCCUCGGGCUACUUCAUGGCCACCAUCCCGCAGGCGCCCAACCGGCCCGCCUACUACCCCGCCGCCGGGCAGAUGGCCCAGAUCCGGCCCAGCCCCCGGUGGGCCACCCAGGGGGUGCGACCGCAGCACUUCCAGAACAUACCAGGCGUCAUGCGUCCGUCGGCCCCACGGCCCCAGGGCUUCAGCACCAUGCGGCCCACCUCCCAGAUGCCCCGCAUGAUGUCCACCCAGCGCGUCGCUCAGACCAUGGGACCCCGGCCGACCAACGCCGCCGCCGUCGCUGCCUCCCAGCUGCGCGGAGUCCCCCAGUACAAGUACACCCCAGGGGUCCGCAACUCCCAUCAGCACAUGCCCCAGCAGACCCAGGCCCCCAUGCAGCAGUCUGCUGUUCACGUGCAGGGCCAGGAGCCAUUGACGUCCUCCAUGUUGGCUGCGGCCCCUCCCCAGGAACAGAAGCAGAUGCUGGGUGAGCGUCUCUUCCCCCUCAUCCAGACGAUGCACCCCAGCCUGGCGGGGAAGAUCACCGGCAUGCUGCUGGAGAUCGACAACUCGGAGCUGCUCCACAUGCUGGAGUCGCCCGAAUCCCUCCGCUCAAAGGUGGAUGAGGCGGUGGCUGUGCUGCAGGCCCACCAGGCCAAGGAGGCUGCCCAGAAGCCUGUGUCCAACACUGCUGUCCCAGCCGUCUGAAAUACCAUCCCACCACCGAAGUACUUGGAUCAGGGGAGCCCUGCGAUGUACAGCUUCACCGAGGAGGAGGAGAAAAUAAACAUUGAAAAAGCGAAAAUGCAGAAAACAAAACAAAGCAAAAGAAGCUAAAUGACAAAAAAGAGAAGGAAAGAAAGGAACUGUCCGGCCGGGCCUAGUGAAGUUACCACUAGUUCCUGUUCGCUUAAUUGAACAAAAAUACAAAAAAAGAGAAAAUUUAGAAAAUUUAAAAAUGAUAAGAGUUUUGGGGGUUUUAAGAGGAGAUUCCACCGGGAAUUGAGAGUUGAUGAAAGCAUUCCUAUAUUGUUCUGACGUUUUAUCCCUUUUAUUGUUUUCGACUGACAGAAUUGCAGGGACAACCUUGCAUUGCGACUUUACCCUUGACAUUUGCUUGCUUGAAUUAAAGUUAUAAAUGAAAAUAA